GGGCUCGGUGGAGCCGUUCGCGGUGCCAGCUGGGUGGAGCCUUCGGCGUCUGACGCUUCACUAAAGCAGAGGGUUCCCCGUUUUCGGCAGGAAGAAACUGCGUGAUGGGCGACGAGAAAUCGACGGGCCCGAUGGGGAAUAGAGAGCGGGAUCGGGAGCUUCUCAUAACCGUCAUCGACGAUGAAAUCGAUGCCCAGGCUUCCUCCUCCUCCGCCUCCCCCGCUAGCCGCCACUCCGGUAGAGAGGCAUUCUAUAAGGUAAUACAUAGUUGGGCUUCAAAAAAGUUCAUGACUGGAUGUGUGAUCCUCUUUCCGAUUGCAAUCACCUUCUACAUCACAUGGUGGUUUAUUCAUUUUGUUGAUGGAUUUUUUUCUCCAAUCUAUGCUCAACUUGGCAUAAACAUAUUUGGACUUGGCUUUGUGACUUCCAUAACAUUCAUCUUCUUGGUCGGAGUGUUCAUGUCGUCAUGGCUGGGAACUUCUACUCUAAACCUUGGUGAAUGGUUUAUCAAGAGGAUGCCAUUUAUUCGUCACAUCUACAAUGCCUCUAAACAGAUCAGUUCUGCUGUAUCACCUGAUCAAAAUAAUCAAGCCUUCAAGGAAGCUGUAAUUAUUAGACACCCACGAGUUGGUGAAUAUGCAUUUGGAUUCAUCACUUCCACUGUUGUCCUUCAGAGUUAUUCUGGCGUAGAGGAACUCUGUUGUGUCUAUGUACCAACCAAUCAUCUUUACAUUGGGGACAUUUUUUUGGUCAAUACAAUUGAUGUUAUUAGACCAAAUCUUUCUGUUAGCGAAGGAAUCGAAAUUGUUGUUUCUGGUGGCAUGUCGAUGCCUCAAAUCCUCUCAUCCUUGGAUGCACAUACACUACAUAAAAGAGCUAGAUCCAGCGUAAUUUACCCUUAGUUGCAGCAAUGCCUCUGAGUUCAUUUCUCUCAGAUUCUUUUAUGAUUAUUAUUAUUAUUAUUAUUAUUAUUAUUUUGAAAAGUUCUCACAAUUUGUCACAACUGUGGCUGUUUUGGUGGCUAUAGCCACACUUAUUUUGUUUUCAUUUAUUUAUUUUAAAUAGGUCAUUGAAAAUUGGCAGAAUUCUGCAUCCGUACUGUUUAACCUCAAUUUCCAGUUUGUUCAAUUUAGAUUCGCCACAUUGUAAUUUAUGUCGGUCAACAUAGUAUUUCUCUCUUAUACUUACGGCAUAAUAAAAUUCUUUUUCACUUAA